AACAGCCGCGGCGGCCCGGCUCGCGCGCUGCUCGCCUGCCUCGGUCUCCGCCGCUCCAGGGGCGGGUGGGGUGGGCUGAGUCGGAGCCCGGGCCGCCGCCGCCGCUGCCGGAGAGAGGCCGAACGCGGAGCCGGCGCCGGGGUCCCGGAGAGAGCGCGGCCGCCGGGCGGUCGGUCCCCGUCCGGGUCGAAGGCAGGGGCGCGCGGCGAUGUGAGCCAUGAGCGCGACGUGGACGCUGUCGCCGGAGCCCCUGCCGCCGUCGACGGGGCCCCCGGUGGGCGCGGGCCUGGAUGCGGAGCAGCGCACAGUGUUCGCCUUCGUGCUCUGCCUGCUCGUGGUGCUGGUUCUGUUGAUGGUGCGCUGCGUGCGCAUCCUGCUCGACCCCUACAGCCGCAUGCCCGCCUCGUCCUGGACCGACCACAAGGAGGCGCUCGAGCGCGGGCAGUUCGACUACGCGUUGGUGUGAGGGGCGCGGCGCCCCCCAGCCGGCCCUGCACUGGGUCUCCGAGGGUCGGCCCUGCGGGGGGCGCCGCGGGGCCAGGACUGCGUUCAGGAUCCCGCCUCGGAGCCCCCUGCCCCGGGUAGAGGGGGAGGGAGUUGGGAGAAGCCCAGCCGUUCCCCCUCGAGACCCCUCCCAUGUCCCCUCCUGGCCUGGCCGGAACCCCACCUCGUGCCUUUAUCCGCCCUGUCCCUUCCUCUCUGCGCAUCUCACCUGCCCGGCUGGCCCCCGCCCCCCGCCCCCCGCCCCCCGACUCUGAAUCCCAGGAGGGAGGAGGACCCCCGCACCGCCCCCUCCCCAGCGUAUAAGUGGCUCUGCUAUUGUGCUUUCCUGGAAGUGGGGACCCCCUUGUCCCUCCUCCCUCCCCUGUUGUCUGGCCGUCGUCAACCCCACCUUGACUGAGUGUUGAGCCCGUCCUUGGGCUCUGGCCCUGCGGGGCAGGCUCUCCCGGGCCCACGGGGCAGACGCUGCAUACCAAUUUGCCCUGCACCGCCUGUCCCGGAGACGGAGCCCGAAGGCCUGCCAUGGCGGCUGUGUCGAGGAUGCGUGGCUCCUGCUGUGGCGGGAGAGUGUGGGCAGGAUCAUUACUGCCCCCAACCCGGGCCCCUGGACAGGUCAGCGCGCCCUGCCCCGGUGCCCACCGCUGCCCCCCCAUCCGCCCUCCUGCCACUUCCCGCCGACUCCCCUGCCGUGCCUCCCGCAGCCCUCCCAUGCCAUUCUACUCCCUGCCUCUGAGCCGAACAUGAUAAUAAAAGCUAUUAUUGAGCGCUUACUGCAUGCCAAGCA